CCGGUCCGCUGGCAGACGUAACCGUGCUGCGACCGACCGCGCUCAUGUAAAAGUACGCGGGACCGCCCAUCGCAGAAUGAAGUGUCCGUGGUUGUUUGUGUUCACUGUUUUGUGUAUGAGGUGCGAAGCUGGCGGCAACAAGCCGCGGAGAGGACGCGGCAGCAUGUGGUGGGGUAUUGCAAAAGCCGGUGAACCAAAUAACCUGUCACCAAUAUCGCCUGGAGUACUAUACAUGGAUCCAGCAGUGCACGCUACAUUAAGACGGAAGCAGAGAAGACUUGCCAGAGAGAACCCUGGUGUUUUGGCAGCCGUCGCCAAGGGUGCUAGCAUGGCGGUCACCGAAUGCCAACACCAGUUCAAAUAUAGAAGAUGGAAUUGUUCCACAAGAAAUUUCUUGAGAGGGAAGAAUUUAUUUGGCAAGAUCGUCGACAGAGGUUGUCGUGAGACGGCGUUCAUCUAUGCUAUAACGAGCGCCGGUGUAACGCAUGCUGUCGCUCGUGCGUGUGCUGAAGGGUCCAUCGAGUCUUGCACGUGCGAUUACUCGCACGUCGAUCGCGCCCCUCAUCGCUCCCGUGCAGCUGCCGCAGCCAACGUUCGAGUUUGGAAAUGGGGCGGUUGCAGUGACAACAUCGGAUUCGGCUUCAGAUUCAGCAGAGAAUUCGUCGACACCGGGGAAAGAGGAAAGACCCUUAGAGAAAAAAUGAACCUGCACAACAAUGAAGCGGGCAGAGCACACGUGCAAACGGAAAUGCGUCAGGAGUGCAAGUGUCAUGGUAUGUCCGGAUCAUGCACAGUAAAGACCUGUUGGAUGAGAUUGCCGAGUUUUCGGUCUGUGGGCGACGCACUGAAAGACCGUUUUGAUGGUGCGUCACGAGUUAUGAUGCCCAAUACAGAUCUGGAAGUGCCAGCACAAAGCAACGAUGCAGUCCCACACAGAGUACCGAGAAAAGAUCGCUACAAAUUCAAACUAAGGCCACAUAAUCCUGACCACAAAUAUCCAGGGAACAAAGAUCUUGUAUAUCUGGAGUCGUCACCGGGAUUCUGUGAAAAAAACCCGAGGCUCGGCAUUCCCGGUACUCAUGGGCGUGCCUGCAAUGACACUAGCAUCGGCGUCGACGGAUGCGACCUCAUGUGCUGUGGUCGGGGUUACAAAACAGAGACUAUAUUUGUAGUGGAACGUUGCAAUUGUACCUUCCACUGGUGUUGUGAAGUCAAAUGUAAAACGUGUCGCACAGAAAAAGUGGUUCACACGUGUUUAUAGGCGUCCAUGAGAUACUAAUGACUAGUACACUUAUAUUCAAUAACUCUACUUACACGAGUGUGGAACGGUUGUGAUUGUGACUUAGGAGAGAGUGCAGUAGACCUGUUUAAGUACUCGAGGGCAGAUAACGGACCUUGUAUAUAAUCACGUCUCUUUUUCAUCUAUCGAAGUAGUCGAAAUCGUAUUUCAUGUUGACUAAUGUAUAUAGCUCUGUAUCACUGUUUAUUUCUUCUUUACAUACGAUAAUUGAUGCGACGUGAAAUUAAAAUAAGCUACUCGUUCCGAUAAUUUAUUUGGCUAUUAAGUGCGAACAUGUGAUCUAGUAACGUUAUUUUCUUUUUUAUGGACACUGACGUUAGGAAAUUAAUGAGACCAGAUUAACGACGAUUUAUUUCAUGCAGUUUGUCAUCCUUAUUUUUAUUAUUGGAAUUUGGUUCAUUGGUUUCCUUACGCCCAGUUAUAUACCUAAUUAAAUUUUAGAUAUCACUACACGCGGUAAAUUAAACCAAGUGGAAAUAUUAUGCGAAUGCUUAGGACAACUUUGACUGGUAUUUCUUAAUAUCAUUUUCAAAGUUUAUAUCCAAGUUAUGAAGGAGUAAUCCCUUGUAACGAUAGUAAUAAUCAUAUGGAUUUUAUAAAUGCUUUCUAUUUUAUAGAUAUCCGCGUCUGGUGCGACGACGCAUAACUGUUUUGAGAUUCAAGAGCGAAAUUAUCUUGUAAUUAUAAUUUCAUAUUAUAAUUAAGCCGGUUAAUGGAAUUUGUGGCUUAACAGCAUUUGCAUAAAGUAUCUUCUUGGGUGUCCGCGAUCGGAGGUUGCGCUCGGGCUUAUCAGUGAGUAAGUAGCGCCAUCGUAAAAGUGUCCUACAUUACGAGAUAAACGCUCCCGAGAAUUUUAAUUAAAUAUUAAACGAAUUAAAUAAUCAGUAUUAUAUGUAUUAUAUUUGUAUGCGUGUCGCGUCUGAUAUUUCGAAGAUAAAGGUGCACGCAAGACCACUUGACGCUUGUUAUAUAGUGUUAUACAAUUUACACAUAUUGCUUGUUCAUGUAAAUUACUAUAAUUAUAGUUAAAAUGCAUGUUACUGUGGUAACUUUGUAUUUGCCAUUUUUGUGCUAUUCUCUAAGUGGUAACUUUGAGAGGAAACUAUAAGCAGAGUUUGUUUUCAAUCUCUGUCUCUUUAGACAAGUGCAAAUAACUCAAGAGAUAGAAAGAGACAGUGACGCCUGGUGUAUUGUUCUUUCUUGUAAGGUGAUACGUAUUAUAUCCCGUUCGCCAUUUGUCUAAAGACGCUAAUUCUCAAAAUACCAACUUUUUUACAGAAUUAAUUUAUUAUAGUUAAAAAACAAUUCGUGAAUUCUUUAAAAGUCCUUUUUAGUGAAUAAUUGACAAUAAAUAACUAUUACCUGAACAAUAUAGUCAAAAUUCAAAAGACGUAAAUUCUAUUUCGAUGCAUGCGUUUUAAUCGAGAUAUGAAUUAAUUGAAAUUCCGUUCGAUAAUUAUUAAAUAACAGCUCAAUUAGACAUUAAUCAAAAUUAACAUUGACUCAUUUUAAUAUAACUAUUUUCUGGAUGGUUCUGUUUUAUACUAAUAUAUUCUGACAAUCAAAAUUAGACCGUUUGCCAUAAAAUAUAAAAGCUUUAUUAAAUGUAAAUGUACACAUAUAUCAACGUGAAUGAUACUUCAUAUGUGAUAUAAACAUAGUUUUAGCUUGUAAGUAGGUAUUGAUAUAGGGCUUGUCCUAAUGAGCUUGUAUGAUAUAGGCACGGCAGUGAAUUAUAUAACAAAUACGUGUGUUUUAUAUAAAAAAAAAAUAUUUAUUGAAAACUUGUUUUAAUUUAUUUUAUUUUACUUUAAAACACGUACCUUUUAAAGUGAAAUAACAUGGUAGUUAUAGUAAGAAAUCCGAUGUUAAAACAAUCGGUGUUUUUAAAGCAGGUAUUUGUGUACUUAUCUAUAUUUAAAUAUUGCUUGUAAUUAUGGGAUCUCUGUACAUAGACUUACCUAAUGGUAAAAAUAUAACUCAGUGACAGAGUGUAAGUACCGAGGAACUGAUGAAGCGUCGGAUUUUAAAAGACUGAAAUAUUUUUUUUAAUAUUUGUAGUUAUAAUAUCCAUCAUUGGAUUUAUACCUAGGUACAGCCUUUAUUUGGAGUUUUAGAAUGAGAACAAAUGUGAUAAAAAGUAUUUUAAUGUUAUUUAAAGCCAGUUCAUAAGUUUCCGAAAAGGUUUGGGUGCCAUUUUUUUUAAUAUUUCUUUUUACAUCUGACAGUUGUGUUCUUUUUAAACAAAAUUAUUUCCAUGUACCAAUCAAAUUGUCGAUAUGAAAUUAAUUUUACGCAUGUAAAUAUUAUCAUUAAUUAAUAAUGUUAUAAGUUAUUUAUGUGAAUGUAGCAUUUUAAUAUGUUAAUAUUAGGUAAACAAUACGAAUGAAAUCAGCUGAACUUAUCUGAAUCUCAAACUUGUUGUGUAUAAAUUUUAUGUACCUUUUUGAAAUAUAUUUCGUCCAUUGACCGCGUUUGGGGUUGACACAUUAUUAUGAUAUUGGUUGUACAUUAGCAGUACCUAUUUAUAAUUAAAAAUAUUUGAUUAGUUGUUACUAAAAAUACAAAA